CUAGAUUCCACCAAGAGAAUCUUCCAGAGGUGGCGAAAGGAGUGGUUGGUGUCAGAAGACACAUGGGGCGAAGCAUACAAGGAAGCGCUCACACACACUCGCACGGAGGGGACACAUGAGACUGAUAUUUUCCUUGAUCAAUGUGUGAUGCAUGCUUUGGAGGGGAGGGCGAUCUUGGAAGCCAUACGGGGGAUUGUACACACCAGUUGCCCUUAUUGCAGGGAGCGUCUCAAGUACGACAGCGUUUUACUAUACGAUUUACUGGUUUCCGUGGUUUCGCAGGUAAAAUUCAUGGAGGUGAAACUA